UUCAAGCGCUGUUAGUGGGUCGGUGGGCAGCGAGCGGAGCGCAGCGGCCGCAGUGCGCUUUGCCUUUUACGCACCGAAAGUCCGCUCGGGUCUUCACUCACACUCGGCGGCGGAGUUUACCGUCACACACCAGAGGAGGUUUUCUGCGUUCUUCGCAGGGAUUGAAACCCUUUCGGUGGACUCUGCGCUCUUGUGUGGACCUGCGAUUGAACGGGGAUUUGUUCUUUGGGGUUUUUUACGCACUUCACGCCGGCGCUUCGCCUGAGCUCGCUCCUCGUUUGCAGAAGCGCCGAGUGUGUCUGCGGACGACAGGGGGGUUGACAAAAGGCUGUUUUUCAAACGGAGGAGGUCAAUGUGGCAGAGGCUCGCCGGCACACGGCGAGGGUGAGAGCGCGGUGUUUCCGUGGCGAAGCUGUGGCCGAGGGAGUUGUGUGACAAACAUUCCGCGAUGAGGACGUAUUUUGAAACUUGCUCCACCACAACCGACACCGAAGCCAGGGCCAUGGUUCCAGCCCCCAGCCGCAGUUUGUAAGGAACGGAAGAUCUGUGUGCACUGUAAGUGUCGUCGUGAGGAGCAUGCAGUGCCCGCCAUGCCUGUAGAGAUGGAGAAGACGGUCACCAAGCUGAUGUACGACUUCCAGAGGAACUCGACCUCAGAUGACGACUCUGGCUGUGCCCUGGAAGAGUACGCCUGGGUUCCACCAGGACUCAAACCUGAACAGGUUCAUCAGUACUACAGCUCCCUGCCUGAGGACAAGGUGCCCUAUGUGAACAGCCCAGGAGAGAAAUACCGCAUCAAACAGCUGCUCCAUCAGCUCCCGCCCCACGACAAUGAGUUACGCUACUGUAACAGUCUGGACGACGAGGAGAAGCGAGAGCUGAAGCUCUUCAGUAACCAGCGCAAACGGGAGAACCUGGGCCGCGGCAAUGUGCGCCCGUUCCCCGUGACGAUGACCGGGGCCAUCUGCGAACAGUGUGGGGGCCAGAUAAACGGCGGCGACAUCGCUGUGUUUGCGUCACGGGCAGGUCACAGCGUGUGUUGGCACCCCGCGUGCUUUGUGUGCAGCAUGUGCAAGGAGCUCAUGGUGGACCUCAUCUACUUUUACCAGGACGGGAAGAUCUACUGCGGCCGGCACCAUGCCGAGAGGCUGAAGCCGCGCUGCACCGCCUGCGAUGAGAUCAUCUUUGCGGAUGAGUGCACCGAGGCAGAGGGGCGUCACUGGCACACGAAGCACUUCUGCUGCUUCGAGUGUGAGACGGUGCUGGGGGGCCAGCGCUACAUCAUGAAGGAGGGACGGCCCUACUGCUGCUCCUGCUUCGAGUCCCUCUACGCCGAGUACUGCGACUCCUGCGGGGAACAUAUUGGCAUCGAUCAAGGCCAGAUGACAUACGACGGGCAGCACUGGCACGCCACUGAGGGCUGUUUCUGCUGCGCCCGCUGUAAAUGCUCUCUGCUGGGUCGGCCCUUCCUGCCCAAGCAGGGCCAAAUCUUCUGCUCACGCUCCUGCAGUCUGGGGGAGGAACCUAAUGGCUCAGACUCCUCGGACUCCGCCUUCCAAAGCGCUCGCUCCACCAGAGAGUCCAGACGCAGCUCCAAGAUGGGGAAGGGUGGAGGAGGAGGGGGUGGAGUGCAAGGAGAGAGAUUUUCAGGCGAGGUGGACCCACUGUCUUUGCAAAUGGAUCUUCUGAGUCUCUCCAGUCAAACGCCUAGUUUGACUCGCGAGCCGCCGGCCUGGAAGAACCAGGAGAAAGCAGGUGACAGUUAUAAUUAUGAAUCCCAUUUGGACCCGACUGCCAACCCCACCCCUCUCCAGCUUCUCAGCCAGUGCAAUGUCAGGACUUCCUAUACCCCCACCUGCUCUGGACAGAAUAACCAACAGCAGGAUCACAGGAUCAAGGACAAUGCAGGUUUAAAGAGACCCUCCAUGUCGGCCUUGAAGGGCCACUCUCUGAAUGAGACCUGGUUCCAACAGCCAACACCAGAGGAGUACUACCCCCCCAAACUGAGGAACCAAAAGAGCUUCACCGAGGUUUCCCAUUGCUCUCAGCACCACAACGGCUUCUCCUCUGACAAGCGCUCCAUCAGUCUGCAUGGCUUUCAGAGGGACAGGGACAGAGAUGCAGGGCCUCCAGCGGCAACCCAGGUGGCAAGAAGCAGGAACCCCAUCAAUGCACUUAACUUCCCAGACCAACUGACACCUCUAGAGCAGACCCCAAGAGGAUCCAUGGAGUCCCUGGCGUUCUCCAAUGGUACAGGAAACUCAGCAGAUGGAGGAGGAAAGCGUCAGGAGCAACUUUCUCGUUUCUCCAUGCCAGACCUGAGCAAAGACUCUGGAAUGAACGUGUCCGAGAAAAGCAACAUGGGCACCCUGAACUCCUCAGUGCAGUUUCGUAGCUCUGACUCCAUCCACAGCCUCACAGCCAGUCAGCCCUACAUGGAAAUGGAUCCCCCCAGGCCCUCCCAGUAUAAGCUGCAGUAUAGUGACUCUCCUGGCAUGGUUGCGGGUAUGGGCAUGACUCACUUACCACCUGGCUUCACCUACCAGGAGGAGGACAGGGUGAGUUUGGUGAGCAGUGCCAAUGCUGCCCGUCUGCCACCCAUCAGUGAGCGCAUGGUGAGUGGUGUUGGCGGUGGUGGAGGAGGAGGAGGAGGAGGUGGAAGGGGAGCAAGUGUCCGGAUAGAUGCCCCAGAGGAGACUCCCCAGAGGCGCCGGCACCACCACCACCACCGCUCCAGGAGAUCCCGCCGUUCUCGCUCAGAAAACGCUCUCAACUUGGUGGCAGAGCGAAGAACAAGACCUCAAGAAAGACCACAGCUGCGUGUCCGAGAGGAUUACGACCGUUUCCCGCCACCAAGGAGCGCCCGGGACCAGUUUGGAGGAGGAGGAGGAGGAGGGGGAAGAUAUCAACCACAAUUCUUUAGGCAGUGCCCCAGGACCACUUCAGACCUGACGCUACAGAACCCGGGGGCCAGCCGGCGCACUGGCCUGAAUCAAUACUCCUGGGAUGAUUACGAUGACGACGAUUGGUGCUCCACCUGCUCUUCAUCCUCCGAAUCAGAGGAUGAAGGUUACUUUCUGGGCGAGCCGAUCCCCAGACCCAUCCAGCUGCGCUACCUCAGCAACCAGGAGCUUGUCCAUAAGUACAACACUGGAAUGGGAGGAGCCAACCGAAGUGGGCAGUUAUACACCCACAAACGCAGAAAAAGCAAGAACUGCAUCAUCUCCUAACAUCUGAACAUUUGACACAGCAAAUGACUGUUUCUCCACCGUGUGUACACUAACAUCCUCCAUCUGGAAAAACUAAGAACAAAACUCACACUCCAUUUAUUCAGUGUUGUUGAGUGUUGAAUAUUAUGUAAUUGAGAGUCAGUGAUUAAUUGCAGUUGGUAAACAGUGAAAAAGCAACAGUGUUUGCAUGUUUGUUCAUUUUAAUGUGUCAGAAUAUCUCCUGAGUAUUAAGGCUGUUACAGUUACAUGUGCAGUUCUAUCGAGUCACAACGUUUAUCAAAAGCUGAUGUGCAAUUUUUCAAAACAAAACUUAAUUUCCACACAGGCAACAAGUGUGCAAGGUAGUGACUUUGGUACAGUUUAGCUUUUUCAUGCAGUGUGACUUAGGUUUAGGAUAUACUGUACUGCUGUAUACAGUUCAUAGUAUGUACAUAGACAAAUUAAUUAAUAAUUUCACUUUAAGUUAAGGAAGUCCAUGUAAAUAUGGUUGUAAAUGAGGCCUCACAUAUUUUUAUAUUUUGUAUGGAUAGAAUCAUGUAUGUAUUAAAUAUCUAUAAUGUAGAGAUAGAAAAUUACAAAAACAACAUAUGCAUGUUUUAUUUGGCUGACCUGGUCCUUCAUUUGGAAUAAAGGAGUAUUUCAGUGAA